UUCUGCAACGAAGGGCCCAACACUUUUCUCGGCCGAGCGUCCCUCCCGACCGUAGCUGCCGUGGGUUCCUUUAUUCUGCCAUUGUUCUUCUGAGAGCUCCCAAUUUGCAUUGCUUUUGUUUCGUCUGAAAUUCUUUUUUCUCUUCCUAAACCUGGAAGGCCCAUCUCCUUUCGGUGUUCUUGUUUAGGGAGGGAAAUUGAGAAAAAUCAGGUUCAUGGUUCUGGUCUAGAGAGACUGGAUCAGGCUGCAGAGAUGUUGCAGAGAGCUGCAAGCAAUGCAUAUUCAUGGUGGUGGGCAAGCCAUAUCAGGACAAAGCAAUCCAAAUGGCUCGAACAGAACCUCCAAGAUAUGGAAGAAAAGGUACAUACCAUGUUGAAGCUCAUCGAGGAAGAUGGCGAUUCAUUUGCAAAGAGGGCGGAAAUGUACUACAAGAGAAGGCCAGAGUUGAUAAUCUUUGUCCAAGAAUCCUUUAGGGCUUACCGAUCCUUAGCAGAAAGGUAUGAUAGCAUAUCGACAGAGCUGCAAAAUGCCAACAAUACCAUUGCUUCUGUGUUUCCAGAAAGAAUCCAGUUUGAUAUGGACGAUGACGAAGAAGGUGGUCCUCCUAGAUUUCCAAAGGACCUUCCACAAGCCAUGGCGAAUAAUGCCCCAAGUGUCCCAAAGUAUCCCAAGAAAGAUUUGAAGGGUCUCCUCACAUCAGCUUCAAAGGAGCUGCAAGCCAAAAAGAAGUCAUCAAGAGCACCAAAACCCAAGAAAACUCCUCCCAAAUCAGGUUUGAGCAAAUCUGAGGCGGUUCAAGAGAUUGACAAGAUUCAGAAAGAGAUUUUGGCCCUGCAAACUGUGAAGGAGUUUGUGAAGAGUUCUUAUGAAAGUGGGAUUGCAAAGUUCAGGGAAAUUGAGAGCAAGGUCACAGAACUGCAGGAUAGAGUUGUCAGCUUGCAGGAUGAGUUCAGCGUGGGGAAGGUCAUCGAGGAUGACGAAGCUCGGACUUUAAUGGCUGAGGCGGCUUUGAGAUCAUGUGAAGAGGCCUUGGCUCAGUUGCAGGAGAAGCAAGAGAGGUCAACGGAGGAAGCAAAAGCAGAGUUCAAAAGGGUUCAGGAUGCUCGUGACAAACUUAGGUUGAUCAGGGAAAAGUUCCUUCCUGGCCAACAAGCCAAUGAAGAAAAACCAAUUAACAAAGAUGGAUCUGCAAAAGCUAACAUGAAUCUUGAAGGCUUGAAGGACGAACCAGACCAUGUGACACCAGAGAGGCAAGAACUGGAUGCGCUAAGGGAGAAGAUCAAAGAGCACUUUGAUGCGGACUCCAAAGAAUCCAUCUCUGUGACAGAACUGGCAGAGAAAAUCGAUGAGCUGGUGAGUAAGGUGAUUAGCCUGGAAACUGCAGUUUCUUCUCAGACUGCUCUUAUAGGCAGGUUAAGGACAGAAACUGACGAUCUUCAUGCACAAAUUCGGACCUUGGAAGAUGAUAAGGCAAAUUUGGUCGAUGGCACAAUCACUUUGACCAAGAGGUUGAGGGAAAUGGAGGAAAAGUUGAAAGAAGUCCAGGACCUAAACCAGAAUGUUGAAAAGCAAAACAACAAUCUACAAACACAUUUCACCGAUGCUUGUUCUAGUCUUGAUCAACUAUCUGAUAAAAUACUCAAUGUGAAGCCUGAUGAAGAGCUCGAGCCAUUACAAGAGGAAGACGUUUCCUCUGAAAGGCGUCCCCAGUGCACGAAGCGUCCCACUUUGCGAAGAUCGGGAGAUGUUUCCUCCGUUGAAGUGAAAACACGAGAAGAGUUGGAGAAACAAGAAAAUAUCUCAAGUCAAGGAGGUGAUUCCAUGAACUCCAGAUCACCGAAAACAAUAGUUGGGGAUGAAAAAAAUGAACAGGUUCUUGGUAUAUCUGUCAACAAUCAAGAACAGAAGGAAGAAGAAAAAGUUAGCGAGGUGCAGUCAAAUAUUGGUCUGAAUGUGAUUUCUGAGAAACAAGAAGAUCCAAAAUCUCUGGAAAAGGUCGAUAAACAAGGCGUGUCCUCGACAGCAGAUGAUGCUGUUAGCUCUGAACCACAGGAAGGGACAAUAGAGAAAUAUGACGAGACAGAUUGGCCACAAACACUCUUGAACGGUUUGGAGGACAAAGAGAAGAUUCUGUUGACAGAAUAUACUUCAAUUUUGAGGAAUUACAAGGAUUUGAAGAAGAAGCUCAGUGAUGUGGAGAAGAGGAACAGGGACAGCCACUUUGAAAUGACAGUGCAGCUAAGAGAACUGAGUGCAGCCAUUGCCAAGAGAGAUGAAGAGAUUCAGUGGUUACGUCAGAAACUGAACCUUGGGCAGGAAAAUUUUCGUGAAAAUAACGAUUUGAAGGAAGGCAGUCUAUUGAUCUCCAUUACAUCUUUGGAUGAUCAAGAUGCUAAACCUGAAGCAACAGAGGACACUGAGGCAAGUAGAACUCCAGAAGUUCCUGUGGUAAAUACUGAAGAAGUGAAGUUGGUUUUGAUUGAUCAAGGUCAAUCCAUGUCACCAAUUGAAGAAAGGCUCAGGAUGAACAUUGACGCAAUACUGGAUGAGAACCUGGAUUUUUGGCUGAGGUUCAGCACUUCAUUCCAUCAGAUACAGAAACUCAAAACAGGGUUCCAGGAUUUACAAGAUGAAAUAUCAAAGCUUAGGGAAAAAGAAAAGUCCAGUCAAGAAGAAAGUGCCACAACAGACCUGAAAUCAGAUCUGAAGCCCCUAUACAAGCACUUGAGAGAAAUACAGACCGAAACAACACUGUGGAUAGAGCAAGGCGCAUUGCUGAAAGACGAAGUGUACCGCAGAUUCUCAUCUUUGUGCAACAUUCAGGAAGAAAUAACAGAAUCCCUGAAGGCCGGCGCAGCGGAAGAAGAGAUCAAGUUCACUAGUCAUGCAGCAGCUAAGUUCCAAGGUGAGGUUUUGAAUAUGAAACAAGAGAACCAGAGGGUGAGAGAUGAACUGGAUGCUGGAUUAGAUCAUAUAACCACGCUGCAACGUAAUAUCGAAGAUACCCUUGUGAAGUUGGAUGCAGAAUUUGGGCUCUCUGGAAAUCACAGUAAUUCAUCACAGUGGAGGAAAUCCGCAGGCCAGGGUCAGGGUCGAGUUCCCUUAAGGUCAUUCAUCUUUGGAACUAAACCGAAGAGAAAAACAUCGAUUUUCUCCUGUAUGAAUCACAAAAAUCUAAGACCUGGAAAUCUAAAAGCUGGCUUUCCAUUGUAAAUGGUAUGUUUUUCUCCAUCUUUCUCAUUAUUGAUUGCAUUUCUAGAGAUGGUAUUUGUGUGGAUAGUAAAGUUUUAUUUUCUUUUUUAUCUGUUCGUUGACACUAUACAUAUGUUCCAUGUAUGGAACUAUUGAGAGUUGAAGGAUUCCUCAUCCGUUAAC